GCGGUGAAAAAGCCAAGUCAGCAGCAACACCCCCUUUACCCUCUCUCUCUCUCAUUCUCGCCCUUUAAAUCUCAUACUCAUCCUUCAUUGACAUACACUCAUACGAUUCAAUUCGUUGCGUUCUCUGUUGCUUGCCACUACAUUUCUUCGAUCUCUCAUGUUCUUUUUACAGGUAUAAGAGUUUAAGGUUUUUCAUGCCUGCAAAGUCAUAGAUAGUAAUGAUUUAGUUUCCAUAUUCUGUAAUUAUGAAACAACAUGAUUCCUGAAAGUUCGGCUAGAGAAGCAUCAUUUCGGCAGGAUCUUGAGGUGCCGAGCGCAUCAAAACGCAGGGUCAAAAGCAUAAGCCAAAAACUGAAGAAGAAAAGUGUUACAAGUGGAGAAGAGGAUGAUACUGCAGGUAUCUCCUUUAGAUGUCUCACUUUGUAUGGUAGGAGUGGAGGUUGUAAAGUAGGUGCUGACGCAACUGAAGAUUUUGGUGAUAUGGUUGGUAAGAGACGAUCAAAUGCCAGUGAAGAAGGCAAAGGGUACAACACAAUUUGUGGGACUGAGGAAACCGCUGUGGAUUGCUUUUCAUAUGGGGUGAAGGACAAGUUUUGGAAGAAAACUAACAAAAAGAUUUUAGAACUUAAAGAAUCACAACGAAGUAGCGGAAUGCACGUCUUUCUUCCUGAUGAUAUCUUGGAAAUGUGUUUGAUGAGACUUCCACUGACCAGUCUCAUGACUGCACGCCUUGUGUGCAAAAAGUGGAGAAACAUGACGAGAACAUCUCGGUUCAUGCAGCUUAGACGUGAAGGUUUGUAUCAGACUCCGUGGUUAUUUGUUUUUGGUGUUAUCAAAGAUGGUUUUUGUUCAGGAGAGAUCCAUGCCUUUGAUGUUUCCUUCAACCAGUGGCACAAAAUAGAUGCUGAAGUCCUCAAAGGAAGGUUCAUGUUUUCUGUUGCAAGUAUUCAGGAUGAUGUUUAUGUUAUUGGAGGCUGUUCUAGUUUGAACAACUUCGGUAAAAUGGACAGAAGCUCCUACAAGACGCACAAAGGAGUGGUGGUAUUUAGCCCCCUUACAAAAUCAUGGCGCAAAGCUGCAUCUAUGAAGUAUGCGAGAUCAGCACCUAUUUUGGGUACAUACGAAAUCUGUUCAGAUUGUUCUAUCAUUAAAAAUCAGCAUGUUCGACAGGAUAGACGUUUCCUCAGGUCACGUGUUGGUGGCGUAUCAGAUGUUUAUGAGGAUCCUCACAGGCUGUCUGUUAGACGUCAAGUCAGGAGCUCUCUAGAUGAGAAUGAAGUUUCAUUCUUCUCUAGUAUGAAAUCAAACAAGUUUGUUAGACCAAAAAGUGACCAUUCUAGUGCCAAAGUUCGUAAAAGGUUUGUGCUAAUUGCUGUAGGCGGUGUUGGAAAUUGGGAUGAACCUUUAGACUCUGGGGAGAUAUAUGAUUCUGCAUCAAAUAAAUGGAUGGAAAUUCAAAGGCUUCCUGUAGAUUUCGGGAUUGUUUGUUCUGGAGUGGUCUGUAAUGGGAUGUUUUAUGUUUAUUCAGAAAACGAUAAGCUUGCAGGCUAUGACAUAGAGCGAGGCUUUUGGGUUGGCAUUCAAAUGACUCCAUUCCCUCCACGUGUCCAGGAAUACUACCCAAAACUCAUAUCUUGCAACCAUAGGCUCUUCAUGCUAUCUGUCUCAUGGUGUGAAGGGGAUGGGCAAAUUGGCAGAAGAAAUAAAGCUGUUCGAAAGCUGUGGGAACUUGAUCUCAUGUAUCUAACUUGGACUGAAAUUUCUGUUCAUCCUGACGCUCCUUUGGACUGGAAUGCUGCUUUUGUUGCUGACAGGAAUCUAAUAUUUGGGGUUGAAAUGUUUAAAAUCUUUGGGCAGGUCUUAGAUUUUUUAACUGUGUGCGAUGUCUCUGUUGCGGAAUCAAAUUGGGAUCAUAUUUCAAGGAAUCAUGUGGCUCACGAGGUCGAUGCUUCAUCCUGUCUGACAAAAUCAUUGGCGGUGCUCCAUUUGUAGUGCUCGAUGACAAACCCUGUAAUUAGUUUCAAGAAAUCUGGCUUCAAUUAGCUCUCCUGGGGACUCCUUAACAUUCCAUUUUACAAAUUGCUCUCAUAUUGAUGUAUUUCUUCGUCAUCUGUGUAACAUUUCGACUAUUCUAAUACUAUCUGAUCUACGAAAAGUAAGCCCGGGUUUAUCUUUA